AUGGCGGGGCGCUGGAUGUCUGAAGAGGUGCUGCUCACGGCUCUGGCCGUUCUACUCGCUCUGCUGGUGGUGCGGAGGGUGGUGGCCGGGAGGCCUUCUCCUGCCUCGCUGCCCUGCCUACCUUCACUCCCCAUCCUGGGCAGCCUCCUGAGCUUACGGGAGGACCUCCCCCAGCACCUGCUGCUCACCAGCCUGGGAGAGAGGUACGGGGAGCUGUACGCCCUCUACCUGGGGCCGCACUACACCGUGGUGGUCAACAACUUCAAGCACGCCAGGGAGGUGCUCCUGCAGAAAGGGAAGGAGUUUGCGGGAAGGCCCAAAAUGGUAACCACUGAGCUUCUUUCCCGGGAGGGUAAAGACAUCGCUUUCGCUGACUACAGCCCCCUAUGGAAGUGCCACCGCAGGCUGGUGCAAUCUUCCUUCUCCAUGUUCGGAGAAGGCACCAGCAAACUGCAGACAAUCGUGUGCGAGGAAGCCACCAGCCUGUGCUCUGAAUUGUUGAGAGUGGCAGGACAGCCUCUGGAUCCAGCGACAGUGCUGAUGCGGGCGGUGACCAACGUGGUGUGCGCUCUUGUGUUCGGCUCCACCUACCAGCCUCAUGACCCUGAGCUCAAGGUUGUGAUGGAUUACAACACUGGCAUUGUGCAGACCGUGGCAAAGGGAGGCCUCGUGGACAUCUUCCCCUGGCUGAGGAUCUUCCCCAACAAGGACUUGACGAGACUGAAAGAGUGUAUUAAACUGAGAGACCAACUGUUGAACAGGAAGCUGGAGGAGCACAAGGCUGCACAGGCGAGCUACAGCUCAGAGGAAACGCGUGACUUGCUGGACGCCUUGCUGAAGGGCCAGCAGAGCUCAGGGGAGGAGUCCAGCUUCACUGACGACCACGUCCUGAUGAUCGCGGCUGAUGCCUUUGGCGCAGGCGUGGAGACGACCACCACCACACUGCUCUGGGUCCUGGCCUUCCUGCUGCACAACCCUGAGGUCCAGGAUAAGAUCCACCAGGAGCUGGAUGAGCAGAUCGGCCGGGACCGGACCCCCAGCCUGGCGGAUCGAGGGCGGCUGCCCUACCUGGAGAGCACCCUGAGCGAAGUGCUGCGGAUACGGCCAGUCAGCCCCGUGUUCAUCCCCCACGUGGCCCUGCAGGACACCAGCAUAGGAGGGCACCGCAUCCACAAGGGCACACGUGUGCUGGUCAACAUGUGGCACAUCCACCAUGACCCUCAACAGUGGGAGCAGCCCGAGAAGUUCAUGCCAGAACGCUUCCUGGACAGUGAGGGUCAGCGCUUCUCCCCGCCCUACUUCCUGCCUUUUGGGGCGGGGCCCCGGGUUUGCAUGGGCGAGGCUCUGGCCAAGCUGGAGCUCUUCCUGUUCUCCAGCUGGCUCCUGCAGCGGUUCACAUUCAGCCUCCCCCCUGGGGUCCCCCUGCCUGACCUCCAGGGGCGCUUCGGCGUGGUCCUCCAGCCGCUGAGCUACACGUUGGCCGUCCGCCCUCGUUUCAGCUGGGCUGACCUCGGAGUGUGAC